AUGGGAGGCGUGCGCGCGGCUGAGGUCCGCGCGUCUGCGCGCGUGCGUGAGCGCCUCGGCUCGGGGGCCGCGCGCGCGGUCGCUCGGGAGGGGCCCCUGCGCUCCGGAGCUCACGGAAGCGAUACGAGAGCGCGGCCGGGGCACCUGUCGCGACGCCUGGCGCGGCUGGGGCCCGCGGCCUCCCUAAGCCACACUUGGUGUGCGGGUUCUCUGCGAGGGAAAACGGCGCUGCUCCCCCACGCAGACCCCCGUCGUCCCGGCCGAGGGACGAGCAGCGGAGCACGCGCAGGACACACUGCGGUGGCCUCCCACUGGGGCCGCGCGGCGUGUCCUUCUCGGGACCUCAUCUUGAGGACCAUCUCUCUCUUCUCUAAUGAGUAA